AUGACGAGCAAGACACCCCCUACAAAUAGUUUGAGUGUGAAGCUUCUGAUACACACAAAGCGUAAGAAAGUGCUGUUUGCAGAAGCCUCUAAGGAUGUAGUGGAUUUCCUCUUUACCUUGCUUCAGUUGCCACUUGCUACAGUCGUCAACAUUUUAACCAAGGAAGCUGCCUCUGGUUGCUUAGGAAAUCUCUAUUCCAGCGUUGAAAAUCUCAACCGUGUUUACAUGCAACCAAACCUAUCUAAGGAUCUUCUUCUUCAUCCAACCAUUCUUCCCUCCUCACCUUCCAUCACCGUAAUCCUCCCUUCAGCUGCUAGAAAUCAUUCCGACGAGACAACUCCAAAAAUGUACAAAUGCUCGCGCAAUUAUGGUGCUUGUAGCACCACUGUAACAGAUGUGUAUAACUCUCUUUGUCGUGUGUGUUACUCUGGUCGUACGACGACGAAGCUGAACUAUAUGAAGGGUGAAGCCACCGCCACGGCAACGGCGGGAACAGCACCAGCUACUUCUGGUCAUAGUAAUAACGGGUUUGUGAAAGAAGUAGUAACUUACAUGAUCAUGGAUAAUCUUCUCAUUCAACCCAUGUCAAUCCUCUCCGGCCUCACCAUGCUUAACCACUUCAACGUCUAUGAUGUUGGUGCCUUGAAAGAAGCUGUUGUUCAACUCGGCAUGAAUGAGGGCUUAAAGCUACUCAAGACAUGUAUGGAAAAGUCCGACAAGGUUCUCACCAGCGUUUUCUUAGCUUAG